AUGCUCGCAAAGACGGCCAGGAAUGCGCUCUCGAAGCAGGCCAAAUCUCCCUUCAGAUUCCGGGGCUGUCUCAAUGCAAAGCGCGAUGCCCCCCGCAUGCUCACUCGAUCCGCCACCACGACCGCUACACUACCAUUACCUGCCUCGCACGAGGACACGGAUGUCAUAGCGCUCUUCGACCAGCCUCAGCAGCCUCAAUGGUCGACUGCCCUGAACUUCACUGGGCUCUUUAAUUAUCCUAGUCUCUCGACACCGCUGGCCUUCAACGCCCUAGCUGAUUCCACUCUCCGUCGUGCCCAACUCUUAACCGAGCGUGUGCUUAGAGCACGGGAAUCGAGGCCCGAGUUGUUCAAGGUGGUGAAGAACUUGGAUAGGCUGAGCGACCUGCUAUGUGGGGUCAUUGACUUGGCGGAGCUCCUCCGCAAUGCGCAUCCCGACAGAGCUUGGGUAAGAUGUGCUGAUGAGGUGUACGAAAAGUUAUGCGAAUUCAUGAAUAUCCUGAAUACCCAUGUUGGUCUACACGAGGUUUUACAUGCCGUGCUUUCUGAUCCCGAGGUCGUCAAGUCGCUGACUUUGGAGGCCCAUCAGACCGCACUAAUAUUCUGGAGGGACUUUGAAAAGUCUGGAAUAGAUCUACCACCAGAGCAGCGAAGCAGGUUUGUUUCGCUGUCGACAGAAAUCAUGCUACUUGGAAGGAAAUUCGUCAACGAAACCACAAGCGCACGGCCACCAGCGAUUAUUAAACCAGUGGAACUGCAGGGGAUAAAGGACAUGGGAAUGGGUGCACGACUGCGAUUGCAAGCGCAAUUCACUCAACGAGAUCUGCUCGUAUACCCCGGGUCAUUACAAGCGCAAAUGAUCAUGCGCAGUGCGCCAGCAGAAGGGCCUCGGAGAAAGCUGUACAUGGCAGCCAAUACAAGUACCCCCGAACAUAUAGAGACGUUAGAGAAUCUGCUGCAUGCUCGAGGUGAGCUUGCCCGCCUGGUCGGAAAGAGUAGUUUCGCACAUAUGACUCUCGCCGAUAAAAUGGCAAAAUCACCGGAGAAUGUCCAGCGCUUCUUGGACUCACUCAUGGAUUACACUCGACCGUACGCGAGAAGUGCGUUGCGCACGCUUAGCAUGCGUAAGCAGGCACAUCUGAACACUGCCCCCUUCCCGAUCAUCCAGGCUUGGGAUCGCGACUACUAUUGUCCUCCGGAGCCGCCAGCACCGCCAGUCAAGCUGCCUCCUCUGACUCUUGGCAGGGUAUUCAUGGGUCUAUCACGCCUCUUCCAAAACCUGUACGGCGUCUCAUUGCGUUUGGCCGACGUCGCUCCAGGAGAAGUCUGGCAUGCUGACGUCCGCAAAUUGGAGGUGGUGGACGAGGAGACGGGCGUUCUCGGAUGGAUUUACGCGGAUCUCUUCGCGCGCAGAGGCAAGCCAAGCGGUGCGGCGCAUUACACGGUGCGGUGUUCGAGGCGGACGGACGAUGAUGACCUAGAAGGUGAUCUGCGGGAUGCCGACGAGCACGACCGGGCGCUGAUUAAAAUGUCGUGUGACUUCGAGGCUGCGCACCGCCGCCAGUUCCCAGGCCAGGAAGGCACUUUCCAACUUCCUCUGGUGGUUCUACUGUGCGAGUUUACGAGGCCCUCGAUUAGCCGGGGGCCAACGGUGCUGGAAUGGCAUGAGGUGAUGACACUGUUUCACGAGAUGGGCCACGCCAUGCACUCUAUGAUUGGCAGGACGGAGUAUCAGAACGUUUCGGGCACGCGCUGUGCGACCGACUUCGUGGAGCUCCCUUCCAUCCUGAUGGAGCAUUUUCUUAGCUCUCCGACAGUGCUCUCCCUCUUCGACUCUGACGGCUCGUUUGCGAUCAGGCAAACGGGACACCACGAGGAAGACCCAUGCAGCUCCAUCGACACGCACACUCAAAUCCUCCUCGCCGCGCUCGACCAGAUCUACCAUUCCCCUGCCGUUCUCAGCUCUGGCUUCGACUCCACAGCAGCGCUCGCGAAGCUCUCCGAGACGCGCGGCCUGAUCCCUUACGUUCCAGGGACAUCCUGGCAGACGCAGUUCGGGCACCUAUUCGGCUACGGCGCCACAUACUACUCGUACCUCUUCGACCGGGCGAUCGCCUCACGCGUCUGGCGCAAGCUGUUUGCGCACGACCCGCUGAACCGCAGGACGGGCGAGAAGCUCAAGAAGGAGGUGUUGCGGCACGGCGGCGGGAAGGAUCCUUGGGCGAUGGUUAGCAAGCUGUUGGACGCGCCGGAGCUUGCGACGGGCGAUGCGGAGGCGAUGGCGGAGGUGGGGCGGUGGAAGAUAGAGGAUGAGGUAUCGAUGCCGGGGAGGCAUUGA